AUGGGUUUGGGUUUGGGUUUGGGUUUGGGUUUGGGUUUGGGUUUGGGUUUGGGUUUGGGUUUGGGUUUGGGUUUGGGUUUGGGUUUGGGUUUGGGUUUGGGUUUGGGUUUGGGUUUGGGUUUGGGUUUGGGUUUGGGUUUGGGUUUGGGUUUGGGUUUGGGUUUGGGUUUGGGUUUGGGUUUGGGUUUGGGUUUGGGUUUGGGUUUGGGUUUGGGUUUGGGUUUGGGUUUGGGUUUGGGUUUGGGUUUGGGUUUGGGUUUGGGUUUGGGUUUGGGUUUGGGUUUGGGUUUGGGUUUGGGUUUGGGUUUGGGUUUGGGUUUGGGUUUGGGUUUGGGUUUGGGUUUGGGUUUGGGUUUGGGUUUGGGUUUGGGUUUGGGUUUGGGUUUGGGUUUGGGUUUGGGUUUGGGUUUGGGUUUGGGUUUGGGUUUGGGUUUGGGUUUGGGUUUGGGUUUGGGUUUGGGUUUGGGUUUGGGUUUGGGUUUGGGUUUGGGUUUGGGUUUGGGUUUGGGUUUGGGUUUGGGUUUGGGUUUGGGUUUGGGUUUGGGUUUGGGUUUGGGUUUGGGUUUGGGUUUGGGUUUGGGUUUGGGUUUGGGUUUGGGUUUGGGUUUGGGUUUGGGUUUGGGUUUGGGUUUGGGUUUGGGUUUGGGUUUGGGUUUGGGUUUGGGUUUGGGUUUGGGUUUGGGUUUGGGUUUGGGUUUGGGUUUGGGUUUGGGUUUGGGUUUGGGUUUGGGUUUGGGUUUGGGUUUGGGUUUGGGUUUGGGUUUGGGUUUGGGUUUGGGUUUGGGUUUGGGUUUGGGUUUGGGUUUGGGUUUGGGUUUGGGUUUGGGUUUGGGUUUGGGUUUGGGUUUGGGUUUGGGUUUGGGUUUGGGUUUGGGUUUGGGUUUGGGUUUGGGUUUGGGUUUGGGUUUGGGUUUGGGUUUGGGUUUGGGUUUGGGUUUGGGUUUGGGUUUGGGUUUGGGUUUGGGUUUGGGUUUGGGUUUGGGUUUGGGUUUGGGUUUGGGUUUGGGUUUGGGUUUGGGUUUGGGUUUGGGUUUGGGUUUGGGUUUGGGUUUGGGUUUGGGUUUGGGUUUGGGUUUGGGUUUGGGUUUGGGUUUGGGUUUGGGUUUGGGUUUGGGUUUGGGUUUGGGUUUGGGUUUGGGUUUGGGUUUGGGUUUGGGUUUGGGUUUGGGUUUGGGUUUGGGUUUGGGUUUGGGUUUGGGUUUGGGUUUGGGUUUGGGUUUGGGUUUGGGUUUGGGUUUGGGUUUGGGUUUGGGUUUGGGUUUGGGUUUGGGUUUGGGUUUGGGUUUGGGUUUGGGUUUGGGUUUGGGUUUGGGUUUGGGUUUGGGUUUGGGUUUGGGUUUGGGUUUGGGUUUGGGUUUGGGUUUGGGUUUGGGUUUGGGUUUGGGUUUGGGUUUGGGUUUGGGUUUGGGUUUGGGUUUGGGUUUGGGUUUGGGUUUGGGUUUUGGGUUUGGGUUUGGGUUUGGGUUUGGGUUUGGGUUUGGGUUUGGGUUUUGGGUUUGGGUUUUGGGUUUGGGUUUGGGUUUGGGUUUGGGUUUGGGUUUGGGUUUGGGUUUGGGUUUGGGUUUGGGUUUGGGUUUGGGUUUGGGUUUGG